AUGGAUGACGUUCUCAAUGGCAUCUCUGACUCUUCCCCUGUGUUAUCGAAGACCAGUCGCACUGGCCGUACCCUUCCGCACGCACACACGCGGACUGGUUCGUUCGCCACCAAGAUCUACAGAGCUCUCUCCGUCCCCCGCCGAGAAGCACCUUCCCCCCGCCCAACGAUCAGCUCGCCCAUCGCACAUCACCAGUCAUCAAUCCAGUGCUCUGGUCACACAGUUGACACCAACCGCCGCCAGACCGGGCCGGAGACGCCAGGGCGUCCCAAGCAUCCACACCUAUCGCGCUCACUCGGUAAGCUGCCUUCGCUCGAAGAAGGAGGUGCGACUUGCGGUGACAUAGUUCUCGACCAGCACGGCUGGCCGAUCAGUCCUUCCCCGACAGCCAACGGCUCGCCAGUGGGCCAGCACCAGAAGCGUAUGCACGCCGGUCAUUCGCGCUCGCUCGACUGGUGGUCACCAGGGGAACGUGACCGCAAACUGAACAGCGGUCCCGGCCAGAUCUACGACAUGAUCGAGAAUAGCUGCGACUGGCCGACCAGUCCUUCCUCAUUUGCACCUUCCCUCGACAUCUCGAUCACUCCACCUUCUUCGGCGCUGCGUGCCCCGCGCGGACGCCACCACUCGCUGUCUGCAGCCCACAAGCUGACAAUCAACACGUCCCCCUCUCGUCAGAACAGCGCCGAAUCGGCGCUCAGCGUCCCAUCCCUUCUCUCGGCCCUGACGUCCCCGACAAACGAGAGCUCGCCGAUCGCCACUGCCUCCGCGUCGACCGCGACCUCCCUACGGUCCACUGCCUCUGCCCAGUUCCGGAUCAAGCGCAAGCCCGUCCCCCUUGUGGACGAGUUCGGCAAUAUCAUGCCAGCCCGUCAGGUCUCGGCGCCGUGGCCUAGCGCCGCCGGCAAGACCCCGACGCGCGUGGCGCGCCACAAGUCGCUUGACCCGCGCAACGUGCCAGAUCACAAGAGCCAAACCGAGUUCCAGGUCGAGUUAGACCGCCUCUUCGACGAGCUGUUUGACGAGUGCCGGGCAGGAGCCGCCAUACCGACUGGGUGCCUAUCCCCGGCGCCCCCUACUCUGGCGCACUCAACUCCUGCGCACGGCACCCACAGCCGCUCGCGCUCGGAGCAUCCCCAGUCUCUCUCAUCAAGCGUCCUCCGUGUCCGGUCGCUGCGCCAGUCGCGCAUACUUCGCGAUUCGGACGCCAACAAUGCCGCGACGACAACUACCGAGACGGACAAGCGCACCCAACCCAAGGGCAAUCCCUUUUUCGCUCCGGGUCGUCCGUUCGGCGCGUCCCGCUCUUCAGGUCGCCCCCGUACGACUCCAGGCGACGGUAUGACUACCACGGGGCGCGUUCGCAACGCCGUUAUGGAGAUCGAGCGCAAGAACCCUACCCCAACAAGCAGCCGCGCGGCUACCCCUAUCAAGACACUUGGAACCAUCCUGGACCGUGCGCCACUGAUCGACUCUACCGAGCUCUCCCUGGAGUCCAAGCGUAUGAUGGAAGUCGCCCGCCGUCGCCGCUCAAUCCGAUGA